GUGGUUUGAAAUAAGUAACCAACAGAAAGACAUGAGUUCACAUAUUGAAUUUGGAAAUCCUAUGAAGAAGUCUUUCAUGCUAGAGUUUGGUUAGAUGAUGUGAUUGGUAGUUUUAGGGAAGUAGCUAUACCAAAAAUAAGAGAGAAAAAAAGAAAAGAAAAACCAAGUUCAUGUAAUUAUUCGGUCCUACUAUUACAGUUUAUGCAAUAUGCAUGUGUAUAUAUAUGCCUUUGCAUUACACCAUAAUUAUCUGUAUUAUUUAGUUUUAUUCAAUGCUUGCUGUGCCCAACCAGCUCAGUUUUGUUUUCUUGGAAUGUAAAUGCUUAAAUUGAUCAAAUUUGUUGCUUCAGAUUUAC